ACGCCAUUUCGUGUUGCCGUGUGAGCGAGCAAGCCUCCCGCUCUGUCUUCAAACAGUACUGCGUCGAAUUUUAAUCAUUUUUAAUCUUAAACUCCCGAAUCAGGCAGACAGACGACUCGACCCGAAUAACACAGAAUGGAUCUCUCGCCAACUACGAGCAGCCUGAUGGCGAGUAACGUGACCAACAAGACGGACCCGCGCUCUCUCAACUCGCGCGUCUUCAUUGGCAACCUGAACACCAUGCUGGUGACCAAGGCCGACGUGGAGGCCAUCUUCAGCAAGUACGGCAAGAUUGUGGGCUGCUCAGUGCACAAGGGCUAUGCCUUUGUCCAGUUUGCGAAUGAGCGCAAUGCACGUGCUGCAGUGGCCGGUGAAGACGGACGGAUGGUCGUCGGACAAGUCCUGGACAUUAACCUGGCUGGUGAACCAAAGCCUCACAGAUCAAAGACGAUCAAGCGCUCAGCAGGAGACAUGUACAGCUCUUCAUUUGACCUGGACUAUGAUUUCCAGAGAGAUUAUUAUGACAGAGUGUACACGUACCCCUCAAGGGUGCCACCUCCCCCUCCACCGCUCUCCCGUGCAGUCAUCCCUUCAAAGCGGCCGCGGGUCAGCGUGAGUGCCAGUCGCCGCGCCAAGAGCAGCUUCUCCACCAAGAGCAGCCAGAGAACCUCCCGCACCAUGAGAGCUGAUGACUUGCAAACCAUCAAGAAGGAGCUGACUCAAAUCAAACACAAAGUGGACUACCUGCUGGAGAGCCUGGAUAGGAUGGAAAGAGAACACAGCAAGAAAUCAGAGGUCAAGAGCAUUAAAGCUGACGAGACAUCCCCCCAGCAUCCCAGCGUGAAAAAGGAUCGAGAGAACGUGGAAAUCAACGACUACGAGGAGGAGGGUGAUUUAGAGGAAGAAGAGAUCAAGAGUCAGGGAAGGGAGGAGGACGAAGAGGAGGAUGAAGGAGAACAGGAGGAAGGAGAGGACGACGGGGACAGCACUAACGGAGACCACUCUUAAAGCACUCGUUCUUAUGCAAACGCACAGAUUUUGCGCUGAAGUAUGUGGGUGUCUACGUUUAUGCCACGCACAGCAUGCAUGCAUUUUGUUAAAUUCACCAAUCUCGGGUGAAGAAAUACACAAAUAGGGUGAAAUCCGAUCCUGUUCAGAACACGACUGCAGUCAAUUUCCGCCAUUCCGCGUUUUUUUCCCAAUACAAGUAAGUAUCAGUGAUUUUAUUAUUUUCGUCCUUCCAUCAGCAGCUUAAAAUUUCCUUCUCGAUUGUUGCACUUCCAUUUCUAACCAGUUAGUGGCAGUGGCACUCACAGUUUCAGUUCAAACUUUUUGAUUCUAAACUGAUUUUAUGGGGUGAGUAGGUCUAAGGUCUCAAAUCAUCUAUCAGCUACAAAAGAAAAGUUUAGCUUGUACAGUAUACUGUAUACUUUUAAUUUUUUUUUCUUUUUGGUCUUGUUUUUUUGUGAGUCUAGUGAUAUUAAGUGGAGGACUGAGCUUCUUCUGAGACAACUGUUUGUUGCUGUUUCAUUUUACUUGUUUUCAUUUUGUUCUGUAAUAAAUUUCAAUAAAAAAAAAAGAUAGAUGUUUUGUGGAA